AAGCAUUCGAGAGCCUGCUUGAUUUCGACUUGAUAGAUAACGAAAACAAGUACGCUAUCGCUUAUCCUAUAGCUGCGACCGAGCAACAACGAGAAGGGUUCAAUUCCGCUAACCGGUACUCUUAUGAUCAUUUCUACUCUUGGGUGAAUGGGGUCGCGUAUAAUGGGAGGUUGGGGUGGUAUAUCCACUUCUUGCUUGUAGAUUUGACGCCGGGACAGAUUGCGGCUGAGUCGGGCUGGGGAAAGCCGAACGUGAUGAGAUGGGCAAUAGAAUUAACACAUACCAAGCGUGUGUGUUUGACUGAAGAAGAACAGCAGGGUGUAGAAGGCUGGAACGCCCAAGACGUUUUCGACAAACUUGUACAACCCAUCAUGCAUCCAAACGUCAAAAUCAGACUAGUAGGUAUCCUUCGACCAGAAGGUUCUCUACCCAACGUCUCUUCCUCCGAACUCGAACCCAAGUUCAACGGUGUACCUGUCAAGUGGAUAGACCUGACCGACAUAUCCUACGGUGCCGCGACGGUCAUUAAACAGGAAGGAGCCGACCCACACCUUGACAGACUGGGGUCAGGAAGGCUAUCCCUCCCUACGGGCAUUCUUCUCGCGAACGAUGAAACCAUCACGGUCAUAUCCGCAAACACUUUCUACCCUGUCCAAUGCACCGUUCUCUUUACGAACUCACAGGAUAACCAAACCACUGCCACGGUCAUAAUCAUCUGUGGUGCCACCGCAUGCAUGGAGCUCACACUGCACGAUCUGACUCCCAAACCAAGGGGGGAGUCAAGGAUCAAGGUCACAAUCGGGACCAAGACCAUUGAGGACACGGAAUUAACGAUUGAAGAGUUUGGGACGGAUAAUAAG